GGAUCAUUCGCAUGACAACGCCCGUGACGAACCGCCCACAAAUCGCCAUCUUGGACUUUGGGUCCCAGUACAGCCACUUGAUCGCGCGCCGCGUCCGCGAAUUGCACGUGUUUUGCGAGCUCUACUCGUGUUUGGUGACCGCGGAGGAGCUGAGCAAGCACCAGCUCACCGGGAUUAUCUUGUCGGGUGGACCCAACUCGGUGUACGAAGAAGGUGCGCCCCACGUCCGCCCGGAAGUGUGGAAGUUCAUUGAACAACACAACUUGCCUCUCCUCGGGAUUUGCUACGGUAUGCAAGAAUUGGCGUACACGUUCGGUGGCACCGUCGCGAAAGGCCAACACCGUGAGUACGGCAAGGCCAUGGUGUCCACGCAUGCCGUGGAUCGCUCGGCGCACCUCGGUUUCCUCGACGGCCUCACCGACGGCGACUUCCAAGUGUGGAUGAGCCACGGUGACAAGCUCACCAAGACCCCCACCGGGUUCGUUGACAUCGCGUUCACGGCCAACUCGGAACAUGCUGCGAUCGCGAACGCGUCCAAGAAGCACUUUGGGAUCCAAUUCCACCCCGAAGUCACGCACUCGCCGCUCGGCAAGGUCCUCCUCAAGAACUUUGUCGUCGACAUCUGCGGGUCGCCCACGGACUGGAACAUGCGCAGCAUCGCGGACGCUUUUAUUGAAGAAGUUCGCCAAACCGUUGGUCCCCACGGCCAUGUCAUCGGUGCUGUCUCUGGUGGUGUCGACUCGUCCGUGGCGGCCGCGCUUCUUCACCGUGCCAUCGGCGAUCGUUUCCAUGCCGUGCUCAUCGACAACGGGCUGUUGCGCGCCAACGAGGCUGUUGAGGUUGUCGACCGAUUGCAAAAGCACUUGGGCAUCAACUUGCACUGCAUCGACGCAUCGGACCGCUUCCUAGCCAAGCUCAAGGGCGUGACCGACCCCGAAACGAAGCGCAAGACGAUCGGCAACCUGUUCAUCGACCUCUUCCAAGAAGAAGCGGCGCGCAUCGACCACCCCGUCGACUUCUUGCUCCAGGGCACGUUGUACCCCGAUGUGAUUGAAAGCAUCAGCUACAAGGGCCCAAGCGCCACGAUUAAGACACACCACAAUGUUGGCGGUCUCCCCGACACGAUGCAUCUCAAGCUCAUCGAACCGCUUCGCGAACUGUUCAAGGAUGAAGUCCGCGAGCUCGGCAUGGCCCUCGGCAUCGACGAAGCCAGCGUGUGGCGCCACCCCUUCCCCGGCCCGGGCCUCGCCAUCCGCGUCCUUGGCGAAGUGACCAAGGAAGCGCUCGACAUUUUGCGACAGGCCGACACCAUCUUCUUGGACGAACUUCGCAAGCACGGCCACUACCGCACGACCGGCCAGGCGUUCUGCGUGCUCCUUCCCGUCAAGUCGGUCGGUGUCAUGGGCGAUGGCCGAACGUACGAAAAGGUGAUUGCGAUUCGCGCCGUGAGCACGUCCGACUUCAUGACGGCCGACUGGUAUCACAUGCCUCACGACGUUCUCGCUAUCAUGUCGAACCGCAUCAUCAACGAAGUCCGAGGCGUCAACCGCGUCGUGUAUGACAUUUCGUCCAAGCCCCCUGCCACCAUUGAGUGGGAAUAGAGCCAAAAACCCUUCCAACUAAACCUCAAUAGUCAUCCAUGUAAACCCUGUCUGUGGGCGAUCGCC